AUGCUCCGAAGCACUUCCGACAUACUUCCCUUUCCGCGGCUCAAGCCGCAUCCGUCGGCCGUGGCACGGCCGUGGCCCUUGGUCCAUCCGAAGCACUUUGUCCGGAUCAUUCCCACAGCUGUGCAGGCUGUGCCGUUCAGCAUGAACAGAAGCGGUGCAGAAUCGACUUCGGACAGAGAUCCGACUCCGGACGCCGAACACUGGAACGAACCGAAGAUGUGCAAGUCGAAAAGGCACGCAGUGUUGAUCGCCAACACCGGCCACGGCCGAAAUGCUCUACGCCACGCGGUGCGCGACGCCGAGCUGGUGGGCCGAGCGCUGCUGCGCUGCGGCUUCUGCGCCACAAAGCAGGACCUGCACAUGGUCCUGAACCAGACGGGUGAUGAAAUCAAGAAGAAACUGGAGCAGGUGAUUCAAAGCUUGCCUGCAGAUGCUCAGCUCUUCGUUUGGUACUCUGGUCAUGGCUAUGCCAGGCUGGCUGGUGCCUCACAACCUGAGAGUCUCCGGGGCGACCAGGACAGGCAGCAGAACCUGCAAGGGACGUUCCUGGUCCCGGACAGCCAAAUUGACUUCCAAGAAGACGAGGAAGGACAUGUUGGACUGGUUGAAACCAUCCGGGGCCUGUGGUUGGAAGACACCUUGCUGGGCAUCAUCGCAAGCGAAGGAAAGGAACAGCUGAAGCUUUGGUGUGUUGUCGUCGCCUGUCGGCCACUGGACGAAGCUUUUAGGAGCGCAUGGACAAGGCAAGCGCAUCGGUACACCGUGAAGAUGGAGUCGAUCGAACAUGCCGAAGUGAAGUCGUUCACAAGGCAGCGGUGGAAUUUCUUGUACGCCUGCAAGCUCGGGGAAUUCAUGUUGGAUUGCUCCACUUUUGCCAAGUCCUUUUGCUACAACCUGGAAUGCAACCCGGGAUCUCUAGAUGCCUUGAAAAGGAACUUGGCGACUGACAUUGAGCUGAUGUCCUUUGGACAUUUGUGCUCUCCGCAGAUGAUUCACAUGAAAUUUGAGAACCCUCUUCAGAACACCAAGCUAGUACGGAAGCAGGCCAGGAGGAAAGUCCUCUACGACAGCGACUGGGUUGAGGCAAUCCAGCAGGUCAAACUGGUAGCAGACUGCUUGCACCAGCUUGCUGACAUUGAGAUGUUCGGCGAGAAAGAGGACGAGGGUGAGGAAGAGGAAGAGGAAGAGCAGAAGGAAUCAGAGAUGGAAGAGGAAAAGGAGUCGGCAAAGGAAGAGGAGGUGGAAGAGGAAGAGGAAGAGGAAGAGGAAGAUGAGGAAGAAGGAGAAGAAGGGGAAGUGCAGAAGGAACAGGAAGAGGCAGAGGAGGUGCAAGUGGAAACGGAAGAGGACUCCUAUGAUCAGUAUUUGUUUGUCCGAGGCAAAGCUGUGAAAAUCAUCAAUAAAUUCUACAAGUGUGCUGAUCACUUUAAAACCCUUGAAGAUCAAAUUGAGCUUCUAAGCUGCGAUUUCCUGGAUGAAGCCAUCGAAGCCUUGACAGACCAUCAAGCCCCAUCCGAAAGUACCGGAGGUUAUCCAUGCUGCUCAGCUGGUUGGGAACCGGAAGAUUGGACCAACGCUGAAGGUCUCAUUCACGCUCACAGAGGCAUGUUGAAUCUCCCAGACAAGGUGAUUCAUGUUAUUUGCAAGGAACAGCCCGGUAAGUUUGCUUCUGGAAUCAUCCUGGAGAUUCUGCAACGGCUGGGAUCCUACUUCACAGUCAAGAAGUAUGCCAAAUUGCCGGUUUGCCAGGAAGAGGAAGUCAAAAAGCAUAUGGACAAGCUGAAUAAAUACUUCUUUGUUAGCGAGGGAGUGUUGGGUGUGACUGAGCAUGAUGCCAAUGAAAUUGCGAAAGAGCUGAAGGAUCGCUGUGAGGAACUCUGCCUGACUACAGACGACUUGAAGGUGAUCCAGGAGAUGAUGAGAGUUUACGUUAGUGAGGGCAGCUUCUGGGUGAUCGUGGUGUCCUCUGCGAAGUUGAACCAGGAUCGAUUGAAGUCGAUCCUUGAGGACUUCGUCGACCAACGAAGGAGCACGUCUUUGGGUUGGGCAUGUGCUGAAGCCCCGUACCAAGUGCCACAUUUUGCGGCGCCCGGACUUCAAACCGCGGUGGAUCUGGUGGAAGGCCUACGUGCAGAAAUCCAGGUUCCCAACUUGGUGCCGUUGAGAGGGUCUUUCUUCAAAGGCCUCGCAAGGCAGCUGAUCCAGAGAAAUGGCGAGGAGGCUGCAGAAUGGCAAGUGCGUGUGGUCAACAACUACAGAGAUUUGGAAGACCAUGACUGGUUGAACCCUCACUGCAACGUUGAUCUGCAUUUUGUGCAAAGCCUCCACUGGCCGACAUUGCCCUGGGAGACGCCUGAGCUAUUGGAGAGAUUGAAGACCUUUGCAGGUCUCAGGCCUCAGAGCCAAGUUCUGCAUGUAGUUGCCUUCCUGAUUCAUGCCAUCCAGAAAGAUCUGGAGUGGUUGGGCAUGCUGCUGGGCAGUGAAUGCAGGUCCUGA